AACCAUCAACAGAGUCUGGACUGUUUCACGUGCUGCCAAAACUAGGUCGCUUUUUCAGGUCCAAGAUGGUUAACUUUUCCCAUCUUUCCACUCUCCCCCUUGUGGCUAUGGGAGUCUUCACCUCCCAAGUCACCGCAGCACCUGCCGUCGCUGAAGCCGCGGAAGUUACUCCCUCUACCACCACCCGCUUCUCCUUCGCCAAAUGGGUGGACUCCAUCACCGCCGACCCGUCCACCGCCCUGUCUCCUGAGGAAGCCGUGCAGGCGUAUCUGGAUACUAGUACCGUCAAUGCCACCACUUUACCGGGUACUACUGCUGGUACCGAGAAGCGCCGUCGGGCUGCCGAAGCAGUCUGUAAGUACUGGACUGGGGGUAGAGACAGAGCCAAGGUCGCUGACGUCGCCGUUUGCAUCCAUUAUCUUGCGGCUGCUGGCGAAGCGGCGUGCCCCGGUCGGCUAGUAACCGUUGGGCCGUGGCCGCAGAGAAUCUGGUGUAAUUGGAAUGGCGCCUUGUUUUGGGCGGCGGCCAGUGAUGAUGUUGGCACGUAUCCUACUUGCAAGGGCAUCGCCCGGAUGUAUGGGGCUAUUGUGGACGCAUGCGCCAUGGCCGAUGGAACGGUUGAUGGAUAUAUGUUGAAGGAUCUGACGGGGACUAAGACUGGGGGCUAUCUUGGCUACGUGCACUUUUCAAUCUGAG